GCCUCCGGCGCCCUGGCGGGAGGUUUUUCUACAUGAGCAAAUACAGUUUUUGCAAGUAGAAGGGACACAGCAUCUUUUUAGGAUGUCUGAAGAUGAAGAAAAAGUGAAAUUACGUCGCCUUGAACCAGCUAUCCAGAAAUUCGUUAAGAUAGUAAUCCCAACAGACUUGGAGAGGUUAAGAAAGCACCAGAUAAAUAUUGAAAAGUAUCAGAGGUGCAGAAUCUGGGACAAGUUGCAUGAAGAGCACAUCAAUGCAGGACGUACAGUUCAGCAACUCCGCUCCAAUAUCCGAGAAAUGGAGAAGCUCUGUUUGAAAGUCCGAAAGGAAGACCUAGUACUUCUGAAGAGAAUGAUAGAUCCUGUUAAAGAAGAAGCGUCAGCAGCAACAGCAGAAUUUCUCCAACUCCAUUUGGAAUCUGUAGAAGAACUUAAGAAACAAGUCAAUGAUGAAGACACUUUGUUGCAGCCCUCUUUGACCAGAUCCAUGACUGUUGGUGGAACAUUUCACAGUACUGACGCUGAAGCAAGUCCUCAGAGUUUGACUCAGAUAUAUGCGUUGCCUGAAAUUCCUCGAGAUCAAUAUGCUGCAGAAUCAUGGGAAACCUUGGAAGCGGACUUAAUUGAACUUAGCCAACUGGUCACUGAUUUCUCUCUUCUAGUGAAUGCCCAGCAGGAGAAGAUUGACAGCAUCGAAGACCAUGUCAACAGUGCCGCUGUGAAUGUGGAAGAGGGAACCAAGAACUUGGGGAAGGCUGCAAAAUACAAGCUGGCAGCCCUGCCUGUGGCAGGUGCACUCAUCGGAGGAGUGGUGGGGGGUCCCAUUGGCCUCCUUGCAGGCUUCAAAGUGGCAGGAAUUGCAGCUGCACUUGGUGGUGGGGUGUUGGGCUUCACAGGUGGAAAAUUGAUACAAAGAAGGAAACAGAAAAUGAUGGAGAAGCUCACUUCCAGCUGUCCAGAUCUUCCCAGCCAAAGUGACAAAAAAUGCAGUUAAAAAUCACACUUCAGUGUUACUGGCACCAACCUCUAUCCUAAUGAUGCCCUCCACCACUGCUGGUGGACACUCGGUUGGCUUCUGGAUUCCAACUAUCUCCAGGUGGUGGCUGCAGAUACUUGAGUGGGACUGAGCUUUGAUCAGUGGACAGGUUCUGUUGUUUUCUGGGGUGUUAAUGGAGAGGUCAGUGGUUGAUCAUAUUUAAAGGCUGUCAAGAAGCAAAUUAUUUGUUAGGACAUGUGAAAACUGAACUCCUAACUCUAAUAAGGACAUGGGCUGUGAGGAAUUGUUGGGUUAUGGAACAGGGAUUUCUUCCAUCACCCUGACUUGCGGACCUUAGGGCUAAACAUAAAUGUAGAAGAUUAUUUUAGCCUGUUAGCAAUAGAGGGAGUUUAGGAGCCUUUUGUAUCAGCAAGGGAAAUGAGGGGCCUGCACAGCACAGGUGAACCGUGUGCUGCAGUGCACUUGGUGAGUCCUCUUGCAGUUUGGUCCAACUGUAUUUUCUGGUGAAAGAAAUUAAAAGUGUAAGAAAAUGGAAAGUGAGAACCAAAUGCUCUUCUGGAUAGCUUCGUUUGUGACAGUGGCUUCUUUUCUGACUCUUCCUCUGCCUCUCAUAAAAGAACACAGAAUCUCCAGUGGUAGGAGGCUUACUAAGCCAGGCUCCAAGCUCUUUCCGUCAACCUGUCUCCAAACACCUCCAAGAUCUGGUGCCCUUCGCCAUCUCGCCUUUGUAAUUUGGAAAACUUCUUUGGUUUGCGGGGGAUUCUAACCACGUCUGCUGAGGACUUCUCAUCCUCUGCCUUUUUGUACUGUCUCCUAUCUUUGUUCAUCCUUUCCCAUAACCUCUAGGUUAAAAAAAAAUCCCCCAAUACUUCCAACUUUGUUUGCAUUGGAGCUAAACAUCAAGCAGGGGCAAACGGGAUGAUUUCCUGGGAUGUCUUCCGGUUUCCAGGGGCCGAUGGACUUGCUACACAAGGAGUCUUCUUCUCAGCAGGCCUUUGGCGACGCUGAGAACUCGCUUCCUACCUCACUUCUGGAACUACCGUCCUUUUCCCCAGACUUGGUGGUCUUCCUGGUUCCUUCAUUUUUCACAGCUGCUGUAUCUUCUCCAGGACGGCCUUCGUACUCGCCUUUUCUCAUGGGUGCGGCCAGGGCCUAACGAAGGGUGCCUGGUGCUAAUCUCGACACUUGACACAUGACCAGGAUGGUCCAACCUAGCCUAAUGUCUGUCUCAAACAGCAGAAAGGUUUUAAAUUCAGGAAGAAGAAAAAAGAACUUAAGAUUACAGGCAGCUUCACCCUCUGCCCCCAGUCGUUUGAAGUAGGAAGGAACUUUGCCUGUCCGUCCUCUUUCCUGAGGACAGGGGAGUGGCCCCUGCACCCCGGCAGGUGUGAGGGGUUCUACGCAGGAGCACACAGGUUCAUCGGCAGUGAAUGGCUUAUCACUUAACUUCUGCCUUGCUGAGUUUAUUUUUAAUAACUUUUAUCAAUUGCUACCUUUUAGUUCUGUGUCAAAUCUGAGACCUUUCUUACUUUUGGAACCUCACCAAUGAAUUCCAGUGAGAGAAAGCACCAUUCUUGCUGUUAGUGAAUAAUUGGAAAGUAUCAAGUUUUGUUGUCUGCUGGCUUGUAUCUCUAACAUCUACCAAGAAGGCAGUCAUUUGAAUAAGAGUCAGAUUCUGAUCCAGUAUAUGAUAUUGAAUAUGUAAGGUGGGGAUAAUUAUUUUUGAACUCCACCUUUUUUCUGUUUUCUGAUUCUGGCUGUCCCUUUUACACGAAGUGUUCACAUCUAAAUGGUCAGCAGAAUGACCCAGGGAGCUUCUUUAAAAUAAGAUUCUGAAACUCAGUCUCAUAGGUGAUUCUGGUGUAGCCAGUCCCAUCCUGGUCAACCAAAAUUAGACACUUAGGGUAACAGUUGCAUCAAAGUUAAGCUGUAUCAUUUAAUUCUGUAAUUUUCAGUAUUCUACCCUUCCAGGUGGCCCGAUCUUGACCAGUAUGCAUGGUCCCCUCUCUGCCUACCCUUAGUUGGCUGCACUUCAGCCCAUCAUCUUAGCAGCCCUGGGAACUCACUACCGUGCCAGGCUGAUUUCACACAGGACCUGAGGGGCAUGAGGAGGCUGUAACGGAAGCUCAUGUCGGGCUUUUCCUGAGCCAUGUGGGCCUCUGAUCUUUACUGCUCCUCAGGACUGGAAUAUUACCUGGCAGUCUUCCACUUAGGCAAGUUACAGUCCUUUAAAACAGGCUUCAUAAUUGAAAGCUAUUUAAAAAUUGUAUGUGAUUUCCCCAUAAUAGAAUCUAAUAGCCAACUUUUUGUAGAAAUUGCAAGAAGUGUUUAAUCAACUACAAAUGAUAUUCCUAUAAAGUAUAAAGUAUUUAGAAGUAUAAGCUAACCAGUAUGAGACAGAAGCCAAUCUUAAAAUGGAAUUGCCCCAUAGUAUCAGAUUAAAUUUAUAUUCUCUUCCAUUCUUCUUUUUACUGUAACAAGUGAGAAAGCAACACUUGGAUGAAGGUCUUAAAAUUUAUAGGGGCUUAUUUGGAUACAGGUGGCACUCCUGUGGACUUUUUAAUAUAAGAAUCCAAGAAUUUCUCUGUAGAGCAGAGACUUGCAAACUUUUUAAUAUGAAACCCACAGUUAAAAAUGUAUUUACAUCAAAACUCAGCCCUUGUUAUGUGCAGUGCACACUGAUGUCUUUUAUUCUCUUUCAAUUUUUAGAAUAUGUUGGUUGCAGUCCACUAAAUUGAUUUUGUGUUAUACCAGUGGGUUGUGACCCUUAGUUUGAGAAAACCAUCCUUACAGUGGAACUGAUAUUUAUUGUGUAGCUUCUCCUUCUCAGGCACUUGAUGAGGCAUUUUACAGAUAAGGAAACUGAGUCUCAGAGAGGUUCAGUAAGUUGCAGGGGGUUAGUCAACUACAAAGGGGUAAAGCCGGGAUGUUGGCUAGGUUGGUGAACUACUUUCUCUUUCUCUUACGCUGUGCCGCCUCUCCACACAAAAUCGGGGUGGGCCAUUCAUCCGCUCCACCCCGCCCCCCAGGCGGUCCUUUGAGAUCACACGUGCCAGGCGUUCGCACCUGUUUUUUCCCUUCUCAUUCUUCACCAAGUGUCCCAGUGUCCUGCAGCCUCAGAGGUUUUAAUGGGGGGUAGAUCCAGAAGUACGUAAUGUGGAACUGGACUUUAGACUAUAAACGUAAAAGUGUUUCCAUCCCAUCCACACAUCCUACAGAUUUUGUUAUAUUCAUGGGUUGUAACCAUUGCUUAAACAGUGCUUUUUAUACUUAAUUUAAAAAUAAAACUCUAAAGCAGAGCUUUUCAAACAUCUGUCAUAAGUCAUAGAAUCAAGUGCUUGUUGUCUGUUCACUGUGCCCUGGGGAAGCUGUGUACUCGCUGUAGUGACGCUGGUAGCACUCGGAACAUUUUUGAAACAUUCUUUUGGAAUUGCCUCCAAUAGCAUUUGCAAACCACGUAAGAAAAGCCAUUUCAGUUUUUGUCAGUCUCAGACUCCACUGCCUGUCCUUGUGUCCCCACCUCUCGGCCCUCCUCAGCUCUGCCUCCCUCCUGCUGGCUUAGCUCUCCUACCCCCUGGGCUGGAGCCCGCCCCCGAGGGUGCCCAGAACGGGCUGGUUCUGGUGCUCGUGCUGCCUCGACCUGGCCAGCAGUCCCGGGGCGAGAAUGUUGGGGUUAUCCAGAAGCCGAGCACUGGAAGAGGAAAUCCUCACAGUCCCCGACGUUCCUCUGGCCGUGGGCUGCCUGCCUGCCUCCCUCCGAGGGCCGCGAGCUGUCUGCAGGGGAGUCAGGCCUGGACCACUAGCCUCAGUCAAAAGAAGUUGAGGAAACCUGUACUAGAAAUAUAUAUUCUGUACUUUCUUCAGUGAGAGUAUAGACACCAAAAUCUGGUUUGUGUUAACUUGAAAAAUGAAAGGUCUUUCUCGGGAGGCUUUGCCCUUCAUUGCUGCCGCAUGAAAUCUUGGGGAGGAAAGAUGAAGACACAACUGGGAAAAAGGUUCUUCUGUGAACUGGGACGUGUUCGUCUCUCGUGCGGGGUGGAUGGUGGCCGUGCUCCCCAGCACCGUGAGUGGCAGUGUCCCUGCGUCAUCAGGGGUCUAAGGCGAGAUGGGAGAGCUUCCUCCCAGGCUAAGUUAAUGUACAAAGGUCAGGUUCUGUGUUGGUUAUGUUGUUUUGUUUUUAUUUUUAAACACUUCAUUUUGUUUCUAACAGUUGGUUCUCACUGUAUUCAUUAAUUUAACACCCUUUUACAGAGUAACUUCUUAGGUAUUACAAACACUCAAUGGUAAAAGGUCCUCAUGGUGUACACAUUGCUCUCCUCAAAGAAAUCAGUCUGUUGUGGGAAAUAAGAAAUACAUGUGUGUAGUAUUAACCAGAUAAAUAAAUUGAAAUUAAAAAUGUAAAAAGUGGCAAAGACAAGUGAUUUGCCCAAGAUCACCAAGCUAGUUAGCACAGGAGCUAGGAUGAUACACAUGAUCUAAGAAAACAAAAUCCUCAAAGUAAUGGAGCUGAGGUUUUGUCAAAGCCUCUCAGGUUGCCUGCUGAGGCCUGUGGGCUUUCAGACCAGCCUCUGCCCUCAAAGGCAGCAGUAGCUGUAGUGGAAGGAGAGUUGGAGGGGAAUCGGGGGACGCCAGCUCCAGUUCUGCCUUGGUCUCUUUUCUUGUGGUAGCUGCCUUCUCCCGUUUCAGCAGGGGGUUCCCCGCCAUCAGCCCCUUUCACCCUCUGACUCCCUCCAUCCCUCACUUCCAGGUUCUCACCAGAUCCUGUCAGUUCUACUUUGAAUGAUAGUUGCAUCCAUCUCUAAAUAUAUUCAUGGCCGUCACUUAGUAGAAGACUGUGUUACCUCGCAUCCCUUACUUCAUCCUGCCCAACUCUACACCCCUCCUCAUGUCACUGCCUUCCUUUUCCUGCUCAAGAGUUUUCAGGGGCCCCCGCUGAAGGCCGGGUAGCGUUCGGAUGCCUUAGGCAGCUGCGGCUUGGGCUUUCUGGCCUCAGCCUCCUCUCUUCAUAUUCACUAUUCACCCCCGACAGUGCCACUAAAAAUCAGACAUUCCACAGGAACAACUUAGAGAUUUUUCUACAGCGAAGGUAUAAGCUGGUCAUAAACUGUUUACAUUUUUCCAAUCUAAAAUAAUCUGUUAUACUUCAUUUUCCAAAAUAUAUAGUCAGCUGAGAUUUGUUGAAGCCCUUGAACAGGCCCAAAGUUGUUUCUUAGGGAGAAGAAAGCUUUUCUCCUCCAAAAGAAAUUAUAUUCAAUUUCCUUUACCUUCAGAAUGUCAGUCUCGUCAGCUGUGCAUCUGAUAGCCCAGGCAUGAGGGGUCUUCCUCAGCAGAAACAUACUUGAGCCUAGAAUGGACCAUUGUCCAGCUCCCAUGAAAAACUUGACUAAUAUUUGAGAAGGACAGUUGACAUUACAUGUUUUCCAUACAUUUCUGAAAGUAUUUGAAAUUAUUUUCUUGUAUUAAAAUGGAUAAUCACUUGAAGUAUGUCUACCUAGCUACAUUAAUUAAAUCCACUAAAGAUGUUUUACCUUUUAUUGUUAAAUCCUUAGUGUUAGCAGGGGUCAGCAUAAGAAAAGGCCUAAUGGUGAGAAGUUGGGCAAAUUCUCUCUUACUGAAUUCACUGAUUAUUUAUAAUGUUGCCAAGUGGUGUUUGUAUAAGGAAAUAUGCAAUAAAUUCAUUUAUUCAAUGAA